GCCCUGGUGACUGCACAGAUGAACCCUGUGAUGCCUUUGUGGUGGAAGAGACUGAGAAAGGCUUCCAGUGCAGAGCCGAGGUUCCCAGCCCCUUAUACAAGUACAUCAUUGGGAAGAAAGGGGAAACCAAGAAGAGACUAGAAACAGAGACUCGAACCUCCAUCAGCAUUCCCAAGCCUGGAGUGGAAGGAGAAAUUGUGAUUACAGGGCAGCAUCGCAGCAGUGUCAUCUCCGCCCGAACGCGGAUCGACGUUCUUCUGGACAGCUUCCGUAAGAAGCAGCCCUUCACACACUUCCUGUCCUUUGCUCUCAACCAGCCCGCCAUCCAGGAGAAGUUCCUGCAGUUCAAGGAGGAAGUGUUGGAGAAAUGCUCAAAGGAUCACGGGGUCAGCAGCAGCCUGUUCCAGAACCCUGCAAAGCUUCACCUGACUCUUGGGACGCUGGUACUUCUGAACGAGCAAGAGAUCCGGAAAGCGUGUGACCUCUUACAGCGAUGCAAAGAGGACUUUGUGGACCAAAUAGCUGGAGGCAAGCCCCUGACCGUGGAGGUGGCAGGAGUGGAGUAUAUGAACGAUGACCCUGCCAUGACGGACGUCCUUUACGCCAAAGUCCACAUGAAGGAUGGCUCAGACAAGUUGCAGGUGAUCGCUGAUCAACUGGUGGAAAGGUUCGUGGCCUCCGGCCUGAUGCUUAAAGAAUGGGAUAGAGUGAAACUGCAUGCUACAGUCAUGAACACUCUCUUCAGGAAAGAUCCAAGCGCUGAAGAGCAAAACAACGCGAUGACUGGUAAAUCAUCUUUCAAGGAACGGGAGUCAUUUAAUGGCCGAAAUAUCCUCAAGCUCUUCGAGAACUUCUACUUCGGAGAGGCGCAGCUGGACUCGGUGCGUCUUUCCCAGAGGUUCUCCUCGGAUGCCACUGGCUACUACGCGACAUCUGGGCAGCUGACCUUCUCCUGA